UCCUCCUCCUGGCAGCAUGGCCCAGGGUCUGCGGUUCUCCCCGUGGCACAACGUCCUGUGACAGCCCCGUGCCUCAGCCAGCACCGGGCUCGGUGUCUCCCGACAGCAGAGGGUGCCCCGGGCCUGGGAAUCCUGCGAGAGCCAGCUCUGGGGUGGAGGCAUCGCUCGGGAUGCUCAGCUCCCUGCAGAAAUUUAGUGUUGGUAUAAAGGCUGCUGGAGGACAGACACAGCCCCUCUAGCACACCGUGGCAGAAGAACUGGGACACGGACAGGAGCGGUUUGGGGCUCCUACAGCUCCCUGCUGCUCCUGCGCUGACGGGGCUGUGAGUGCAGGCAGGGGGCUCCUGCUCCAUCGGCCCACUGAUGCUGCCCCACUGGCUGUGAGGGGGGCUCAGGAGCGGAUAGCAGGCAGGAUACGGCCCAUGAGACUUUUGUGCAGCUCCGCUUACGGGAUAUUUCAUCCUUACAAGCUAUUACUGAGUGACCCUGAACCCACGGUGUUCUGCUGAGCCUGGCACAGCGAUGCUGCUUAAUUGGAGCUUUUAAUGUGCUGCGGAGCUGGCGCGUGAAAGGUUCCCUGCGAGGAGCCGCCAGCGCCGGAGGACGUUUAGGACCCAGGGGAAGCAGCGCAGAGCGUGGCUGGAAGGAGCUCCUGCCUCCCGGCCAGGACUUCUCAGGUGUCCUGGCACGGCGGAGCUGUGCGAGGCGAGCUGGGCCCUCCUGGCAGCUCCCCGUCCCCAUGCCCACCCCGUGAGCCCCCCACGCACCCAUGCGCUCGCCCAGGGCCCGCUCGGCACCAUGAACGACCAGUACCACCGAGCAGCCCGGGACGGCUACCUGGACCUGCUGAAGGAAGCCACCAAGAAGGACCUCAACUCGCCAGACGAGGAUGGCAUGACCCCGACCCUCUGGGCUGCCUACCACGGCAACCUCGAUGCCCUGCGCCUCAUCGUCAGCAGAGGGGGGGAUCCAGACAAAUGUGACAUCUGGGGGAACACCCCCCUUCACCUGGCAGCAGCCAACGGCCACCUGAACUGCCUUUCCUUCCUCAUCUCUUUUGGGGCCAACAUCUGGUGCCUGGACAAUGACUACCACACCCCGCUGGACAUGGCAGCCAUGAAGGGGCACAUGGAGUGCGUGCGCUACCUGGACUCUAUCGCUGCCAAGCAGAGCAGCCUCAACCCCAAGCUGGUGAGCAAGCUGAAGGACAAGGCCUUCCGUGACGCCGAGCGGAGGAUCAAGGACUGCGUGAAGCUGCAGAAGAAACACCACGAGAGGAUGGAGAAACGGUACAGAAAGGAGAUGUCGGAUAAUUCAGACACCAUGAGCUUCUCCAGCUACUCGAGUAGCACCUUAAGCAAGAAGUUCCAACACAUGUCUAUGGUGACGUCCCUGCCAUACUCACAAGCCACCAUCCACGGCACAGCCAAGGGAAAGACGAAAAUACAGAAGAAGUUAGAGAAGAAGAAGCAGGUGGAUGGGACAUUCAAGAUCUAUGAGGAUGGGAGGAAAAGCGUGCGCUCUCUGUCCGGCCUGCAGCUGGGGAACGACGUGAUGUUUGUGAAGCAGGGCACAUACGCCAGCCCCAAGGAGUGGACCCGCCGUAAUAUCAGAGACAUGUUCCUCACGGAUGAAGACACCGUCUCCCGUGCCAUAAGUGACCCGGGUUUGCACAUGGACUCGGCCCACUCAGAAGUCAGCACCGACUCUGGCCACGACUCCUUGUUCAACCGUCCCGGGCUGGGCACCAUGGUGUUCAGGCGCAACUACGUCAGCAGUGGGCUCUUUGGGAUCGGCCGGGAGGAUGCCGGCAUGCCGGGCGAAGGCGACACGGAUGGGCUAGGUGUCAAACUGCGGAGCCGCCUGCAGCGCUCGCCAAGUCUCAACGAUAGCAUUGGCAGUGCCAACAGCCUGCAGGAGAGGAACGCAGAGGACCUACCCUGGGACGAGGUGGAGCUGGGAUUAGAUGAUGAUGACGAACCCGACACCAGCCCCUUGGAGACUUUUCUGGCUUCCCUGCACAUGUUUGAGUUCAUCUCCAUCUUGAAGAAGGAAAAGAUCGACUUGGAGGCCCUCAUGCUGUGCUCAGACAAUGACCUGAAGAGCAUCAAUAUCCCACUGGGCCCCAGGAAAAAGAUAGUUGAUGCCAUCCAGAGGAGACGGCAGACUCUGGAGAGGCCAGAUGUCAUUGUAGACACUGAACUGUAAGUAGCAGAUGGGACCAUUGAGUGAUUAAACCUUUCAGCGGGUAGAGAUUUGGAAUCACGUAAGGUCUUGUUUUCAACCCACUUGGAAAAGUAGGAGCCCAGGUAAUCUCAGUGCUUCUGUGGGUGGGCAAAUUCCUGCUUGUGUGGAAACGAUGAGAGUUCGGAGAGGUGGCAAUAGUGUUCGUUACUCAACAGCCCUCGUGUGGCUUGGCAGGACGUGAAGUCCUUGUUUGGUUUCAUAACCUACAUGAAUGCAGACUGCUCUGUGGUCUGAUUCUUCUGAGUCCCUGUAGCUGGGAUUUUCAACCACACUCAUGCUUGCCUUGACUCUUCACCUUCUGAAGGCAUGAAGAAAUCAGCCCUGGUUGCCCAGUGGGAGCCGGCUGAGGGCAGUGCCCAGUGGCAUUCACAAUCCUUCCCCAGGUGCUUCAGAUCUUACUCAAGACUUUGAAACUACAUUAUCUGGGUUGGAGUUGUUGCUCUUUUACGGUGUUCCCAGGGUUUGGUUGGCUUGGUUUGAGGACCACGGGCCUGCCGUUGAGGUGAAUGGAAGGCAUAAGUGGGGUCUCCCUGCUGUCACGUCCGCUGAGACCUCAAACCACUGUGUCGUUUGGGCUUCCCAGCCUUCAAAUACCUGUGUGUUUCUUGCUGGUUCUGCUGCCUUCCAGCACAGCUCAAUCUUGGAUCCCCAGGGUACUGACAGCCUUUUCUCUUUCCUUUUGCAGAUAGCAACAGCAGCAUUUUAUUACUUUUUUUUUUUUUUAAAAAAAAGCAAACAAACAAACAAACAAAAAACCAGUUCUAAGUUGCCAGAAAACACAAGCCAGAGACUCUCUUCCUGGGGCAGCUGAAAGCCACAUCCAUCCCCAUCCAUCCCUCCUGCUCCCUCGUUCUGCUCCCUGCCUGCGGGAUGCUCUGGGGCAGUUUGUGGCGCGGAGGACGGCUGCUGAGAUGGGACCGGGCAGCUUCCACCUGCUGACCUGAAGGGACGGUGGUCACCAGCUCCCUGCAGGAACAAGCGUGCCGCAUGUGGCUGGAGCACUGCACGGCCAUGGGCCGAGAGACCACGCGAAGCCAUGGACUGAAGGAGCCGUGCGACGGUACUUCCAAGGGGACCCAAAAUAAAUAAUUACACAUGUUC